ACGGUUGAAACACUCCGCUCCUCCUCCAAUCACUUCACCCCGCUCCACCCUCUCUUUGGUUUUUUUUUUUCAAAAAUAAAAUUUCCUAAAAAAAGCAAAAAUAAUGCCCCCGUACCGCCGAUGAGAUCGGCGGCAUCAUGUCGGAACCCUGACCCCUUUGCCCUAACCCUAAUCAUCUCCCCCAUCCCACACCAUGCGGAGGCCCCAUCGGAUCGUCGAUGGGGUUCUCCUCGAGCGGCGAUCGAUCGUCCUCCUCCUCCUCGCGCCGCUCCUCACCCUCUCCCUCAUCUUCGCGGCGAUCGGGCCCGGGAGGCCCCCGGAUCUCGCCGGAAUCUCCGGUCGGCGGCGUAACCCGCCCCCCCCGCCGCCGCCGCCGAGGCUCGCCUACAUGAUCUCCGGCACCGCCGGCGACGGGGCGCGGGUGCGGCGGCUCCUCCGCGCGCUCUACCACCCCAGGAACUACUACCUCCUCCACCUCGACCUCGCCGCGCCGCCGCACGAGAGGGCGGAUCUGGAGGAGCUCGUCCGCGCGGAGCCGGCGCUCAGGGAGUUCCGGAACGUCCGGUUGGUGGGGAGCGCGAAUCCGGUGUCGGAUAAGGGCCCGACGAUGAUCGGUUGCACCCUCCAUGGCGUCGCGAUCCUCCUGAGGGAGUUCGCGGAUUGGAGCUGGUUCAUCAACCUCAGCGCCUCGGAUUACCCCCUCAUGUCCCAGGACGAUAUUCUCCAUAUUUUUUCUUACCUGCCGAGGGAUCUAAAUUUCAUUGAGCAUACAAGCAAUAUUGGCUGGAGAGAGUAUCAAAGAGCAAGGCCUAUUAUUGUAGAUCCAGCUUUGUAUAUCUCAAAUAAAACUGAUGUAUUUUGGACAAAGGAGAAAAGAAGCAUGCCUUCUUCCUUUAAAAUAUUUGUAGGUUCCUCAUGGGUGGUGCUAAGCCGACGCUUCCUCGAGUUCUGCAUAUGGGGGUGGGAUAACCUUCCCCGAACCUUACUCAUGUACUACACCAACUUCCUGUCGUCCUCCGAAGGCUACUUCCACACUGUAAUAUGCAAUUCUCAGGACUUCCAAAACACCACCGUUAACAAUGACCUCCGGUUCAUGAUGUGGGAUAACCCUCCCCGCCAGCACCCCAUGAAUUUAACUUCCAAUCAUUUUGAUUUGAUGAUUGAGAGUGGUGCCCCCUUUGCGCACGCGUUUGUAAAGGACGAUCCUGUCUUGGACCGGAUAGAUCUCGAAUUAUUGAGGCGGCCCAAAGGGCGGUUCACUCCGGGCGGGUGGUGCAUCGGUAGUAACUUAUUUGGUAGGGAUCCCUGCACUAUUUAUGGCAGACCGGGGGCUAUUAGACCUACAACGACGUCGAGAAGGUUGGAGAAAUUGAUAUUAAGACUUUUGGAUUCAGAGAAUUUCAGGCCGAAACAAUGUAAAUAAGAAUACGACUAAAUUUUGAUUCAAUUUUUUAUACAUCCUAGUUCGAUAGAUUUACUGUAAUGAUUCCUGGGUUGACGAAAAUGUUGCGAUCGCGCAGUUUAGUCCAUUUCGGCUAUUCUUUAUUUUUUUUUACUUUCAAAAAGGUGAGGAGAUCAAAUUGUCACAGGCUAUGGAGACAUUUUAAAUCUCAUAUUCUUUCUAAGGAAGGUAAUUGUGUUCAUUAGAAA